CAACAUUGUCACUUCUCAUCUUUUGCUAGUGAAUUUUUUAUCUUCAGCACCGACCUCGUCUUUUAAUCUACUCCUUCCAGCCAAUCUUGGUGGCAUUCUUCUAUGGUCGGUUUUGGAUUACAUUCUGUGGCUCUUCAAGCCAUCGCUAUGUACGGAAAACAACAAUUAACAUCCGAGAAAAAAUACAUCGAGCCUGGCUCUCCGAAUGACUGACCGUCAAGUCACUGAAUCAUCUAUUGGAUUCGCAGGACGCCUUUCACAUAUACCCUAUAAACUAGGCAAGGCGGAGGAUUGCGGAUGGCAAUCCACGAGGAACUUUAUCCAGAAUACGCCUGUAUUUAGGGAACUUGGCCCCUACAAGACAUGGUUUCCAGCUCCUUCUACGGCCGAUGUACCUUCUCUUACUUCAUCAGCUGGCACCGUAUGGCAGGUAACCCAGAGACAGCAAAAAUGGCUAUUGAAAGCCAACCCCGAAGCCCACCUUGGAAAUGAAUGUAUCCAUGACCAAUUAUUGUCAUCACACUCAGAUCAGUUUCAUAAGGGUGAACCACGGAAUUCAUCUCUCUUUGCGAUCGGUGAGUUAACCGAUACAAGCGAUUCAAAGAAAAACUACGGUGCGCCGUUGAUAGCAACCGUUACUGGUGAAGCUGGCGAUAUUCUUCGUCUGGCUAAACCCAGUACAGAAGAAUGGCAGUGGGGUGAAGAUGACAGCGUUUCACUACAAACUUCAGAUAUGAAGGAGACAGAUGAGUUUAUUUUCUACGAGGAGGAUGAACUUGUAGGGCCUAUUCGUUAUCUAAAAUCCGUAGUCGAUUCAAAGAGGUAUGAUCCGACGCGCUGGGUUAUCGUCCAAAGAGACUCUGGGACUCGAGUAUUUCGGCCGGAAUACCACAGGACGCCAACGAUAUCCGAUUACACUAAUGUAGAAAUACCGUCCCGUAUUGCUGCAAACCCACUGUUCGCCCUCUCAAAAAACCAGACCGGAGGAAAUCCGCAUUCGGAUACGUCGUUCAACCCCAGCAUCAGAUCGAAGCCGCCUCAGUUCGGGCUCAUCGAUGAAUGUGGGUUCUGGAGUAUCUGGGAUGUCUCUCAUAUUAAAAUCAGAACUGGAAAGCCGCGUGUGAGCCUCAGCAAAUGCGGGCAUAUUGAAAAAGGCGUUUUGAGUCAUUUGCCCUCUAGAGGCACAGGGAUAGCACAAUGGCACAAGAUAUUAUGGGUUGGCUGUGCAGGGAGCCCAGAAGAGUCGCAGACCCUCGAUUUUGAGGAAGAUAUGGACAUUUCUGAAGCCCAAGGGCCUUUUCCACAGCUUGUGCGAUCUUCAACGUUGCUUUUGUGCAGUCCGAAGCUGGUUAGGCUGCUAGAUCUCACAAAUACUACGUUUCUCCCUGAUCUACCCCUUUUCGGGGAAAGAGGCCAAGACUCCAUUCUGGAUGUGCAUAUCAACCUACAAGACACACAAUACAUGUUCGUUCUGACUACAUCAAAGUUGUUUGUAGUUAGGAUAUACUCUACCCAGGAGCAGGAUUGGGGUGGAAUACAGAAAAGCUCUGCUAUUGUACUGUCAGUAUCGCAUUUCAGAGAUAGCUUCGACCGAAGCUUGAAGCUUGCAGUCACCCCAGGGGCCGCAUCGUCUAGAGAUGUCACUUCCCUGAUCUUCGUAUACUCCAGAAAUAACACUCAGGUCGACCUCUAUUCCGUCACUAUGCCGAAAAAGAACCCCUCUAGGGUCUCCUAUCACCACGAGGCAGUUUCAUUAGAUAUCGUUCGUCACCCAUCCCCAGGCAUAGGUCUCCAAAGUAUAUGUUUUCAUCCUGUGCCUAUCAUUUUGAAAUCUCCGAAUACACCGACUGGUUUUGCGCGGCGCCUUGUCCGACAAGAGAUUCGAUUUUACCAGGUUUUCGCUAUGACAAAAGACAUGUGCCUUAUUUCUACUCUCUGCACAUCUACAUCUACAUCAACUAUCAAUCAAAUAAAAUGUCCGGAUCACAGAGUAUCUCGGAUUAAAAACCGGACCAAAGAAAGAAAAAAGUUAUUGAAAUAUAUGACGUCCCAUUUUGUUGUGCCGGACGAUAUCAACGUGUAUAGUUGUGAAGAUGGAAACGUCCAAGACACCACGAAAAUAUUUCAUCCGUGGCCAACAAUACAAAGGCCCCUUGGGAUAUUCUACGAGUAUAUCUGUGCGGCUUUUUCUCUCCAGAUUAAAAGAACCCAAGAACAGUCUUCCAGAGAGAAAAACUUUGGUUCUAAUCCGUUCGACCAUGUUCGUGCUGCUAUUGGACAAGCUAUUCAGGAUAGAACUAUGCCUGCCACUACUCUUUUCGAAAUAAUCGAAGACCUGGCGUUACCGGCUGAUUUGAGCCAAGCUGCUACCGAAUGGGACUUGGAAAUAAAACAGCUCGGGCAUAUUAACCCUGACAUAACAUUAAUGGCAUUGAAUCUACCACUCAGUCAGGUCAUGGAGCCAGCAACUUCACUGCACGGACUCUUUUCUACUUUUUUCAGCAUGGCAGCUGGCUCUGGUUUAAGUGAAGGGAACCAAACCCGGAUGCAAGAAGCAAAGUCUACUAUAUUUCGACAGAUAUCAUGUGAUGUUUAUUUGUCCCUAUUUGGACUGGUUCAUCGCCAAAUAGAGUCGAAGCAGACCCAACGAUCUCUUACCGAGGAGCUAGAAAGCAUGGCUAUCAACAGUCAGCCAGAGAGCCGUAUGGGGAAUGUGUCAAGAUCACAGUCUGAGGUACCUGUUUCGGAACCCAAAACGCCUAGAGCGGAAAGCCAGGGGGAGGAUCCAGCCAUGGCUCUUUUAAGGUCAUACACAGGCACCGGCAAAUUUGUACCGGCAAAGCGUACAAUGCUCCUAGACAAAUGGGAAGUCGGCGCCAACCCUGAUACCUAUGUGUUCGAUCUUGAGAGAAGUAAGGAGGUGACUUCCGGAAUGCAGAGGAGAGUAAAACAACUAGCCCGUGAGAGUCGAAAAAGACGCAGGGCAGAAACACUACUUCAAAUACAGAAGGAUAAAGAGUCGAAUCUGCCGGCUACCCAACCGGCGCUAGACACCCGCUUCUUCAACCAGCAUAGCCAGCCUGUUGCAUAUUCUUCACAGACCCAGGCAAUGAUGUCAGAUCCGUUGCAGACUAUGUCUCAGCCAAUACCGGGUAUCUUUGGUCGAAGAGACGAGCGGCCGAAGAAAAAAGUAAAAAAGCGAAAAGGGGGGUUUUAAUAGUACUUAAAUAUUAGAGUAUAAGUGUUGUAAGUGUUUAUUAUUAUAAAGUCGUCAGGAGGCCUGUCUUUCUAAGUCUUCAAGAGAAAUGAGUCUGUUGGCUGGGUUUGAAACUUCAAAACGUGAUGUAGGCUUCACAUCUUCAGAAAUGAGUCAUAUUCAUAACGGAUGGUCAGACCGAAAAUUUUUUUUAUCCUUCUCAAAUAUUUGCUCGGACUCAAAUUUACGUACUUGGAUCAAAGAAGUUAUGUUGGCUAUAUAGACACUGAGGCCUAAAG